CGCGGUUGUGUAAUCGCACCUCACGGGCGCGGCGAGGCCCGGGCUCCGCAUCCCUCCUCCGACUGGCCCCUGGUCUCCGGCGGCCGAGCCAUGGCCUGGACGGGGGCGGCGCGGAGCUGUGGGGCCCGCCGCGCACUCACGGCGCACACGCUCCUGUUCGACCUGCCGCCCGCGCUGCUGGGCGAGCUCUGCUCUGUCCUGGACAGCUGCGACGGCGAGCUGGGCUGGCGCGGCCUGGCGGAGCGACUUUCAAGCACCUGGCUGGAUGUUCGUCACAUUGAAAAAUAUGUAGACCAAGGUAAAAGUGGAACAAGAGAAUUACUUUGGUCCUGGGCACAGAAAAACAAGACCAUUGGGGACCUUUUACAGAUUCUCCAGGAGAUGGGGCAUCAUCGAGCUAUCCAUUUAAUUGUGAACUAUGGAGCAGUCUUGAAUCCUUCAGAGCAGAGUCAUCAGGUAGAUGGAUUUCCAAACAUGUUACCCAAGGAAACAGCUAAUGUCACAGUGGAUAAUGUUCUUAUUCCUGAACGUAAUGAAAAAGGAAUAUUGUUUAAAUCCUCCAUGAGCUUUCAAAACAUCAGAGAUGGAACCAAAAAUUUCCACAAAGAUUUCCUAAUUGGAGAAGGGGAGAUUUUUGAGGUAUACAGAGCGGAGAUCCAAAACCGAACAUAUGCCAUUAAAUUAUUUAAACAGGAGAAAAAAAUGCAAUGUAAGAAACAAUGGAAGAGGUUUUUAUCUGAGCUUGAAGUUUUACUACUGUUUCAUCAUCCAAACAUACUGGAGUUGGCUGCCUAUUUUACAGAGAGUGAGAAGUUCUGCCUGGUUUAUCCAUAUAUGAGAAAUGGAUCCCUUUUUGACAGAUUACAGUGUGUAGGUAACACGGCCCCACUCUCUUGGCACAUUCGAAUCAAUGUUUUAAUAGGAACCUCCAAAGCCAUUCAGUACUUGCACAACACGGAGCCGUGCUCGGUCAUCAGCGGCAGUGUAUCAAGUGCAAACAUACUCUUGGAUGAUCAGUUCCACCCCAAACUAACUGAUUUUGGCAUGGCACACUUCCGGCCCCACCUGGAACAUCAGAGCUCUACCAUAAGUAUGACCAGCAGCAGCAGUAAACAUGUGUGGUAUCUGCCCGAAGAGUACAUCAGACAGGGCAAACUUUCCAUUAAAACGGACGUCUAUAGCUUUGGAAUUGUAAUAAUGGAAGUUCUGACAGGUUGUAAAGUGGUGUUAGAUGAUCCGAAGCAUAUCCAGCUGAGGGAUCUCCUUAUGGAAUUGAUGGAGAAGAGAGGCCUCGAUUCAUGUCUUUCAUUUCUAGAUAAGAAAGUGCAUCCCUGUCCUCGGAACUUCUCUGCCAAGCUCUUCUCGUUGGCAGGCCAGUGUGCUACCACGCGGGCAAAGUUAAGACCGUCAAUGGAUGAAGUCCUAACCACUCUUGAAAGUACUCAAGCCAGGUUAUAUUUUGCUGAGGAUCCUCCCACGUCUCUAAAGUCCUUCAGGUGUCCUUCUCCUCUGUUCUUGGAGAACGUACCAAGUAUUCCAGUGGAAGAUGAUGAAAACCAGAAUAAUUGUUCACCACCUAAUGAUAAAGGUUUGAGAAAAGAUGGAGUGACUCAGAAAGUUCCAUUUGAAUGUAGCCAGUCUGAGGUUACGUUUCUGGGCUUUGACAGAAAGACAGGCAGUGAGAGAAAUGAGGAUGCCUGCAACAGGCCCAGUUCUUCUUGUCAAGAAAGUUGGCCUCCAAAGCAUUCAGCUCUAUCCCAGGACCCAAGCGCCUGUGGUACAUUUAUGGACCCUUCUGCAGAAGCUCCAGGCCAUUCUUACAGGAGCAGGCCAGUGGAGACCAGCUGUUCCUGCAAUUUCUCCUGGAACAAAUGUGAACCGUACAAAAGAGAAUCGAUCUCACCAGAAGAUAAAGAAGAAAGCAAGCAUUGCUAAGGCACCUGAGUACAUGUACCGUCUUGGGAAAACAUUGUGACCAUAAGUCAUGCUAUGAGGACUAUCGAUGGUGAGUUUGGGGGAUGCAGAUCAAUAAUCUGGACAAUGCUAUCCCUUCCUUCCCAGUUCCUAGGCUUACACCUAGGCUAAAUUAGAGCCGUUCAAAAUUACUUAAGAUCAUGAGCUCUGACCUCAGACAAACAAAACCUACCACAAAAGGGACUGGAUUCUCCUGUCUUCUUCAUCAGCAGCAUGAGCCCUC